ACAAAUUGAUUAAAAAUCCACACUUCGCUACGUGUGAACUUUAUGCCAACAAUAAUACCGUUCGAUUAAUUUAUUGCUUAACUUUUACGAGACGAAAAUUCAAAUCUCUCAAAAUUUUAAACGUCGUUAUGGACAAGAACAAUGAACUAACUCUUCCCGAAAAAACUGGCCAGGACAAUAAUCAAGGUAGCAAGAAAGGUCAAACGGAUUCGAAGAAAAAGGAUCAAGGAAGCAGGAAAGCUCGUGGAAACUCCAAAAAGAAAAAUCACUCAAGCAAGAAGGUAGUUCGGAAGACUUCCAAAAAGAAAAAGAAUGCGGCAAGCCCGAAUGCCCAGUUGAUCCCUGUUGCCAAAAGCCCGGGAAAUGACAAAUCUCCAGCUGGAUUUGGUAGGAAAAAGGCCGGAGAAAAUCUAAACGAGGUGAUGAAGCAUCUGAGGGCACCAACUCCACGUGCACAACAAGAAUUGGAAAAGACUAAUUGGAAGACGACAACUACUGAGACGGAGGAUGAGGAUGUUGCUGGGCAGAAGUAUAUCAAAUUCAUGGAUCAAGUUGCGUUCAUUGAAAAUGGAACGACACUCAGCACCUUCUUCUCGAACCACCUCAUGAAUAUUGCACCAACUUCAAGAUCGGAUGCAUUCCACGGAAACACUUUCAAGAAUCAGAGAAAGGAUGUGCCUUGCAUUGAUGACACCAGGGUCAAAUUGGCGGAUCCAAACAUUGUAUAUUAUAUUCAUGCGAAUCAUAUAAUGUUUGACCAUCUCAAGAAAACCUACAUAACUACGCAACAUCCACUUCCUGGAACACUCAACGACUUUUGGGCGAUGGUCGCGGAUCAGAAGGUUGAGACAAUCGUCUCCCUCACCAGUUCAUCGUCUGCCAGCAACCCCAACGUGUAUCCGAUGUACUACCCAAACAAACCAGAAACAUUCAACAAUUUUGGACAAUUCUUCGUUUAUUGCAAGACCGUCACUCAGCCAAAGACGAAAUACGGAUGCAAAGAGUACAAGUUCGAAUUGGUGGUUCAAGCGGACAAUGAGGAACGCCGAUCAGUUCGUCUGUACCAUUAUCCUCAUUGGACAAAGAAUAUGGUUCCAGCAAGUUCAAAAGUAGUGCUGAAUCUUGUUAAGAAGAUUGGAAAGAAGAAGAGUCAAGCUCCAGUGGUUGUUCAAUGUGAGACGGGAGUCAACCAAUCGGCAGAAUUGGUUUUCGUGGAUGCAAUGUGCACAUUGUUGACAAGACAAGUGGAAGUUAAUUUUGAUGUUUUAUUCCGUCAAAUGCGUAGUCAAAAGGCGCUUGCAAUGACGCAACUUCUUCAUUUUCUUCACUCAAUUGCAACGGUCAUGAAGUUUAUCAAGAUUCGGUUCUCAGCAAUGCCGUCACAUUAUGCAGCCCAAAUGGAUUCAAUUUUGCCUGCAAUCUCCAAGGAUUUUGGCUACAAUAUGUGUAUUGAGCCAUCAGAGCCCCAGCUGAGAAGUCCAACAAUGGAAGAAAUCGUGAUUGAAAAGGAAGGAAAAUAGAUUUAAUGCCUUCUACUAGUUUCAUUGAAUAAAUUACUUGGAAUCGAACAACUUGUUAUUUUAUUAUAUUAACAUUAAGAUUUUAACUUAUGAAAAGUUUUUAAAAUACCUAC